AUGUUUCCCUCCUCCUUCGCUGCUCCACCCAGCAACUUUGAUUCAGCCACUGGACCAGCUGACAUCACCCCACCUGGAUUGCCUCACUCCAACUGGUGGACACUUAGAAGUCGUCAUUCCUCUUCAACCACCAUUGCCUCAACAGACCUCGUCUGUCCCUACUUCCACUUCCACCGAAAGGCACAUUGUUCCCCACCUACCCAUGAUUCUGUUGUGUCCUUGGCUAUUUCUCCUAGUCAUUCUUGCUUCGUUGCUACCUUGGAUGCUGCUGAUGAACCCACCUCUGUCACUGCAGCGUUACAGAUUCUUCAUUGGCGUGUUGCAAUGGAGGCCUUUUAA